AUGACAGAGGCAAAAGAACUGAUGUGCAGUACUAAUAAUGCUGCGGCCGGUCGGACUCGAGGCAGGGAGCUAAAACGCUUCCCAGCCUCUUCGCGCAGAGCUCAUGUAAUCUAUCACGAAAAGUUGUUGCUUAUUUUGAUUCGCCGAACUCCAACUAAAGAACCCCAGCAAUCUCGUAAGCAAUUUAUUCUGUGCUUGAAUGUCAGAGAGGAUGAGCGCGCAGACGUUGGAAUUCCUCGCCAAGUGCCUGCUAAGCACGGGAAGUUAGAAAGACUGCUUCCUUGCUCGAAUCAACCUGGGUGUUGAUCGAAAUUGCAAAGGUUGAGUGUGCGAGAGCAAAGCAACUCCUUUCUGAAUCUUAUCUCUAAUGAUGUUCGCGUGCGUGAUGACAAGUAGAAUUUUUGGCUUUCCAAAUAUAUUCUUAGACGAGGUCAACUACAACGAAUUAU